GAGGCUCUACUUUCCCUCACCGUCAGCUGUCGACGCAAGCAGACAACGAUUUUGGCUACACAAAUAAAAUUAAGCGGGUCACAUAAAUUAUGCGCUCGGACAUCACCGAGACAGAGGAUCGAACCAGAGCCCUCAAACUAUUGAAAUGGACACAAUAAAAUCUCCGUUUCACAGGCUCGAUAGCCGCAGACCCUUAUUUUUCGCUAAAAUUGGGAACUCGCCGAGUUUCCGCGGGCCGUUAGAAGGUUUUCGCAGUUUAUCGUCUGCCACAUUGAAGCCACGGCGGCGUUCUCGUAGGAAUUAUGUCCACGCCAUUGCAACAGAGCCUCGACGCCCCGAGGUCGAAUCCUCCUCCGGCAUUGCAAAGUCACGGACCCCCGGGAUAAGUCCAUCCAUGAGGGUGGGGGACAUGUCGGAUGAGUUCAAGAAACUCAGAGCACAAAUGGAAGAAGAUGAGCAGCUGGCGUCGCUGAUGAGAGGCUUACGUGGACAGAACCUCUCUGAUUCGCUGUUUGCUGCAGAUGAUGUCCAGCUCCGUCUCGUAGAGGUUUCAGUCCCUGGAGAUGAGGAAACAUUGCCUUUGGUUUAUAGUCCUGAUACUAUAUCUUCUUAUUGGGGGAAGCGGCCUCGGGCAGUAUUCACACGCAUGGCACAGCUACUAUCAGUUGCUGGUGGAUUUCUUUCUCAUUUGGCAGGGGAUAUAAUGACCAAUAAACUCAAAGAGAAUGAAGUGGCUAGAGCUAUUGAACUUCGGGAAAUAGUGACUUCCUUAGGACCAGCUUACAUAAAACUUGGGCAAGCAUUGAGCAUUCGUCCUGAUAUACUUUCGCCUGCCGCCAUGACAGAGCUACAAAAACUUUGUGACAAGGUACCAUCAUUUCCUGAUGAUAUGGCUAUGAACCUGAUAGAAGAAGAGCUAGGACGGCCUUGGACAGAAAUAUAUUCAGAGCUUUCCCCAUCUCCAAUUGCUGCUGCAUCUUUAGGCCAGGUCUACAAAGGCCGACUGAAGGAAAAUGGUGAUCUGGUUGCUGUAAAAGUACAACGCCCUUUUGUUCUGGAAACAGUGACAGUUGAUUUAUUUAUUAUUCGCAAGUUAGGGAUGGCUCUCCGCAAGUUUCCACAAAUUUCAAUUGAUGUUGUUGGACUCGUAGAUGAAUGGGCAGCCCGUUUUUUUGAAGAGCUUGACUAUAUAAACGAGGGUGACAAUGGAAAUCGGUUUGCAGAAAUGAUGAAGGAAGACCUUCCUCAGGUGUAUAUUGUUGACCAUUGCUUCAAUGUGGUUGUGCCCAAAACAUAUUCCCAGUACACCUCAAGGAAAGUUAUAACUACAGGAUGGGUUGAUGGGGAAAAGCUGUCACAAAGCACAGCAGAUGAUGUUGGGCAACUGGUAAACGUUGGUGUAAUAUGCUAUCUCAAACAGCUGCUUGAUACUGGGCUUUUUCAUGCUGAUCCACAUCCUGGAAACAUGAUUCGGACUCCAGAUGGAAAAUUAGCUAUUCUCGACUUUGGACUUAUGACGAAGAUUACAGAUGAUCAGAAGUAUGGUAUGAUUGAAGCAAUCUCACACCUCAUUCAUCGGGAUUACGAAGCUAUUGUUAAGGACUUUGUCAAGCUGGACUUCAUUCCUGAGGGAGUAAAUUUAAAUCCUAUCAUGCCCGUCUUAGCCAAGGUUUUUGAUCAAGCACUUGAAGGAGGAGGGGCAAAGAACAUUAAUUUUCAAGAGCUGGCAGCAGAUUUGGCACAAAUAACGUUUGAUUAUCCUUUCAGAAUACCACCUUAUUUUGCUUUAAUAAUUCGAGCAAUUGGUGUGCUGGAAGGUAUAGCACUUGUUGGGAAUCCAGAUUUUGCAAUUGUGGAUGAGGCCUAUCCUUAUAUUGCCCAGAGACUUUUGACAGACAACUCUCCCAGGCUAAGAAAUUCUUUACGGUACACAAUAUAUGGAAAAUCUGGUGUAUUUGAUGCAGAGAGAUUCAUUGAUGUUAUGGAGGCUUUUGAAACUUUUACUAAGGCAGUCAGAAGUGGAGGGGGAGACGAAAUCAUAGGUAAUAUGGCGAAUCUUGGUAUGCUACAAGUUAACUCACCACUCUCUAUACAAAGUCAAUUGCAAGAUCCAGCAGUUCAGGCCCAAGAAAAAAUUCAAACAAGAGCUGCUUUAGCAUUUCUUCUAUCAGAGCAAGGUGAUUUUUUCCGGGAGUUCAUUUUAGAUGAGAUAGUUAAAGGUAUUGAUGCCAUCUCUCGAGAACAGCUAGUCAAUUUGACUACAAUUUUAGGAAUUGAAAGAUUCAUUCCAGUAUUUGGAACAGUUCCUCUACUUGGAUCCUUUAGGCCGGCUGCUUUGCUACCUACAGUUACAGAGGAGGAUAAAAUUGUUUUGAACAAUGUUAGAAGAAUUACAGAGUUCCUCACGGCUGGGUCAUCAUUUUCAAAUUCUUUUAUUCAGGCUCGUGGUCUGGAAAAUUUAGAAGUAUUGCGUGAUUGGCUUCCGUUAAUGCCUGGUGUUGCAACACGUGUAGUUCCAGAGAUAAUGAACCGUCUUUCUUCUCGUGUAGUGGCUCGCCUCUUACGUGAACUUUUUGUGUAACAAUAUUGUAAAAUAUUUCUAACUUCUAUGUAUUAUAUAAUUUGUUCAUCUAUCAUCCUGCAAUGUAUGAAAUUUACUAUCAUAUCCCCUUGGCCUCGAGGAAAGUAUAAGUUGAUGAUUAACAUGCUAAAAGAAAGCUUGUAGUUUUAGAUGCGCAGAGUUUUUGCAAGUUUUUGCAUUACUUGUCCUAGGACUAUAUAUUUCAUCAGUAAUCUUGUAUUAGAAGCCUGCCAAGCAGUUCCCACCACCAAGUGUAUAGUCACAGUUUUCCACUUUCUUGCUUUGCAACCUACGUUGCUUCUGCUUCAGCUUGCAGAACAUUUUUGAGCAAAUUUAAACCUUGAAUCUCAAGCAAACAUUGUUUCUCGUUGCUGACAAUAAUUUUUUAAUUAUACAGCAUUUGCUUCAUUUGAAGUACUAUAAUAUGGAGAGCUUAGCGGCUGCUCCAUAAGUUGCACUUAAAUGCCUUUCACUGUAUAUAAAAACACUAUUCGGUUGUGUGAUUCAUGACAAAUUAAGGUGGAUAACAUGUCCUUUCAAGUGCGUUCAAA